AUGCGACUUAUGAACAUUGCGGUAAUUGGCGCAGGAACUGCCGGCUUAUCAGCUGCCAAACAUGCUCUCGCCGCCGGAUGCAACGUCACAGUUUUCGAGCAAGCAAAAGCUCUCGGAGGCACGUGGGUUUACACCGACAGCAUUGGCAAAAACGAAUACGGCAUCGACGUUCACAGCAGCAUGUACAAAGGUCUUCACACAAAUUUACCCAAAGAAAUUAUGGGAUAUCCUGACUUCCCAAUUCCUGAGCAAGAUCGUUCAUACAUCCCAGCGGAAGACAUGUGCAAAUUCCUCAAUUUAUACGCGGAAACUUUUAACGUCAAGCAACGCAUCAAAUUAGAGCAUCACGUGAUCCGCGUUCGUCCCGUCGAAGAAACCAAAUGGGAGAUAAUUGUCAGGGAUUUGCCGAAUGAUAAACUCAUGACGUUGAUUUUUGAUGCGGUUUUCGUGUGUAACGGGCAUUAUCAUACGCCUGCGUAUCCAAAUUAUCCAGGACACAAAAAAUUCAAAGGAAGACAAGUUCAUAGUCAUGAUUAUCGAUGUCCUGAUCCAUAUGAGGGAGAGACAGUUUUGGUUAUUGGAGCAGGCCCAAGUGGCAUGGAUUUGGCGUAUGAAGUUGGAAAAGUCGCGAAACGAGUAACUUUGAGUCAUCAUUUGAAGGAGCCGCCAAAGACAGUGUUUCCGUCGAAUGUUACGCAGAAGCCUGAUGUCACGUCGAUGACGGAAAAUGGAGUUUAUUUCAAUGAUGGAAGCUUUGAGGAAUUUAGCGUCGUUUUAUAUUGCACAGGUUAUCAAUACACAUUUCCAUUCUUGAGCGUUGACGCUGGCAUUUACGUCGACGACAAUUAUGUAACUCCCCUUUAUAAGCACUGCAUCAAUAUUAAUUACCCGACAAUGGCAUUCAUUGGCUUACCAACUUUUGUAUGUGCCUCACAAAUGUUCGAUUUACAAGUUCGUUUUGCUCUCAAAUUCAUCACAGGUGCCAAGGAAAUGCCCUCGAAGGAAGAAAUGCUCGCCGAUACGGAAAAAGACAUGCAAGCUCGUUUCGCCAAGGGAUACAAAAAACGUCAAGCUCACUUAAUGGGCGAGAAUCAAUGCAGUUAUUACGAUGAUUUGGCAAAAACUGCUGAAAUUGAACCCAUUAAACCAGUUAUCACGAAAAUGCAUAAAGUGAGUUAUCAUCGUUACUUGGAUGACUUGGUGAAUUUCCGCAAAAAUAGAUUUAAAAUCUUAGAUAAUGAGAAUUUUGUGGAGAUUGAAAAUUAUAACAAUUGAUUUUUUUUAUAUUUUUGACAAUAUCUUUAUUUUUAUUCAUUAUAAUAAUAAGAAUUACCUAAAUAUAAUCAUACUCUUCCGUUUAAUGUAACAUAACUUGAAUAUUUUUUAUAUAUAUAAUAUUAUUAAAAUAAGUUUGAUUUGACAAAAAAGUUAUACUUAUUCCAUUUUUUUAUAAUAAUAAAAUUAUUUAUAACUAAAUUCAAUAUCAUUAAUGAUAAAACUGAAAAAUUCUUAACAUUAUACAAAAAAUCCUUAAUUUAUGGUCCUAUGUAU